AGGCGUUGCGUUUCUGUUUCAAGUAGAACAAGUGACUUCGGCCAGAUAGCCGCUGCCCGCUGCGCCAUGAGCAGUGAGUUCAGUGAAAGUACUCGGAGCGACGAACUGAACUCAAGUCCCCAAGCCAAAGGAUGGGUUGCCCUACUUCCCCAGAGUCUGUGUUGGACAUUGAUGAGAUAUAUUAUAGCAUUCAGCAUCGUUUUUCUGAGCACAGCGGCUGCUCUCUGGGAUCGGGAUAUUGGUGUUGCUCGUGUAUACGACAAGCUCUUGAAAGCGCACGCCGCCCUGUUUUGCAUUAUGAUUGUGUCUACAGGCAUAACGGGUUUGGGAGCAAUGUGGUUGUGGUGGAACGCCUCCACAGCACACAUCCUGAAAGCAUCACGAUUCCUGGUCCUCAAUUGGUUUGAAGGUUUGUUUUCGUUGAGCAUCGCCAGCUCUGUUCUCUCGCGUGACUCAUAUCACUUUUUCGUUUGGACAGCUCUGAGACUGCUGGGUCAAUUUGCUGAAUUACUAUUGCUACAAGGGCUAAUCCAGCAUCGUUUUCAGAGCAUUUGGCCCGCGCUGAAUCAGCCACGGCUUGCAAGCUGCUUGCCGAGAAUGUUGCAGGCUGAAGCAGUCUUGCUGAUGGUUGGAUCUAUUGGCUUUUGUGCUGUUUGUGCUCAAAGCUCAGACUUAGAAGCAGAGGUGUCAAAGGCCGUUGUGUUUGCAAUUGUGUUGGAGGCCGCCUGGAUUCUAAUCCCUUUUCUCUUUCUCACAUGGGUGCUGCUAGUGUUCAUCACCUUGUACAGCGUCGAUCGAAGGCUCCAGGCCGCCGAGAGGGUUGAACGGCAGAAAGUCGGGACUCCAAGCAGCUGGCCCAAGGCCUUGCGCCGAAGUCGCCAACGAGCCUUACUCCAAGGCUUUGGCAUGGCUGUGACAUUGUUGUCGACGGGGACCAUCGUUGGCCUUUUUGCAGCACUGCUUGUUGGGGGUAGACACGACGAAAAGCUGAUCACAUCUAUAGUAAUCGCUCAAUGUGUCAACCUCCUUCUCAACACCGUUGGCGUGUUCCUCUUUUCUAGGGGGUAUCGACUGAUGUGGCAGAGCUCGGAACCACUCCCAUAUCCCACGAUUUGCACCUGCACAUGCCAACCGAAGUGCUUUCGGUUGCCGAAAAAGUGGCCACAAGAUCCUCACUGGGAAACCAAGACCAAGGACCUCGCUCGCCGCGGUCUGCGGCUGCGGGAUUUGUUGGACUUCUACAGGAUGUUGGGGAAGGAUGUGAUGCCUUCAUAUCAGCCUGACCUUCAUACAACCAAUGAUGUGGUGAGACUGGCAAUCAUCCCCAUGACUUCAACUUCUUGUAGCUCCUAUGCCCAAGUUGUGAACGGAGCUGAAGGUGUAACGCCCCGAAAGAUGGUCACCCAUACCUGGUCCAACCUCUUCCGUGACUUGCUGGCUAGUGUGGUGGCCGAUGCGCUGGAUGAACACACAUUUGAGCCCAUUGCAGAGCUGCUGUCAGAUGACGCUGGUGUCCACGUAGUGGAGGAACUGUUGCAAGCACAAGGGAGUAUCGAUGAGACCUACUGGAUAUGUGCCUUUGCCAUUAACCAACACAGUGGAAUUUGUGGCGCUAAUCCACGUGGAGAUGUCGACCCUGCCACGCAGCUUCCACACCCCAUUUGUUCAUGCAGCUUGCCCAAAGCCUUCAACGACACACCUCCUUUGAAUGAUGCUGGAGAGAGCAUUCCUUGUGAGAUGAACAAGUUUGAUGACAUGAUGGCCUACCUCUCCAGCUGCGAUGAAUCCUUCGCAGAGGUCGUGGCCGUGGACGCGUCGCUGGAGCUCUUUGGACGCGCCUGGUGCAUCGCGGAGCUGGCGGAGGGGCAACGGAUGGGCAUGGCGCAGAGCUUGAAGCUGCGGAACAAGGCCGUGCUGCUGGAGCGUCAGAGAAGCUUGGAAAACCUCAAGGUGGAGGAGAUGACUGCGAGCCGUCCGGAGGAUGUUGAGGCGAUCCUCUCGAAGAUCCGCGCGGAUGUCGGCUAUGCCAGCUUCAACAGGAAUCUCCAGAAGUUGAUUUUUGACAAGAACAUCGGUCUUGUAACAGCUUGGAAGAAUGCCGAUGCUUUGCAACAGAUGGAAGAGCUUUCGCACGUCUUGAAAUGGGCGCGGUUGUCGACUGCUGUCACGGAUG